AUGUUGUUCUCUUCCCUUCUUUUUCCCUUUUCUGCUCUCUUUCUUUUUCCUAUUCUUUACCCCCAUGUUCUCUUUCUUUCUAUAUUUCCCUUUCUUUGCUUCUCCUUUCUCUUCUUUUCUGCUCUAAUUCACAUUACGUGUCCCUUUCUUCUCUCUCUCUCUCUCUCUUGCACUUUACUAUCUUCUCUUUUUCCCCUCUCUCUCUCUCUCUCUCUCUCUCUCUCUCUAACAUCUUUCUUUUUUUACCCUCUAUUUCUAAAUUCAUUCUUCUUUACCUUGACAUACUCUCUCUCUCUCUUUCUUCCUUCCUUUGACCUUUAUUCUCUCUAUUCCAUUUACUCUCUGGCCAUUCUCUCUCUAAUUCACACUUGUCACUUUCCUUAUCUCUUUUCACUCUUCUCUCUAAAAAACCUUAUCCACCCUCUUUUCAUCUUUCUGUUCUUUUCUAUCUCCAAAUUAGUCUUUCUUUUCUCUAUAGUUUCAGUUUCCAAUCUCUGUCUUUCAAGCUGUUUUCUCUCUAUUUUUCUUGCAAUCUCUCUUCUUUCUUUGCCACCCUCUCUCACAAACCCUUUCUAUUUCUCUUCUCCAUUAUCAUAUAUCUAUCUCUAUUUUUCUUCACUCUCCUUUUCACCCUUCCACUUUCCUUUCUUUCUCAUUUUUUUUUUCUCUUUCCACUCCUCUUCUUGCUGA